CAGUAUAUGCUUUUUAAAUUUUAUUUCAGGUGUGAAUCAAUCUUGAAGCAGAAUUUUUUUCAAAUACAGUUUAAUGCUGAUUUGCAAAGAGUGUUCCUGGAUUUUUUGAAGGGUUCUGGGAAUAUAAGAGUACUUGUAAUGAGUGAUCCAAGAGAACAGUUUAACUUUGAAUCAUGGGAAGGAGACUCCUCAGGCAGCACAACCCAAGUCAUUUAAUUGAUCUUGGGGUGGACCACAAAGGCUAUUCAACUAAUCCAGAGGAACUGACUGAGUUGCGCAGGAGACUCAAAGAAAUGAAGGAUCUGCUGGGAAGUGAGGAGUCUGAUCUCUCAAAACUGGUCAACAACAAGAAGAAGCAAUGUUCUUUCCUUGAUGGGAAUAUGGUCAGCCUGGUAUUUGCUGUUGCCAUGGGUUUGGUCUUGUCUGUCACUGUUUACGCCUUCCAACACCUCUACACUGCUGUCAUGAAGCGCUUCAAUUUGUCCUGAGUGAACUCUUCCACCUGAAAGUAUUAUUCAUGCGAUUUAAUGUUUUCCCUCAUCCUGAGAAAAGUCAAUAAAUUGUGCUGGGGAAGAUGCCCAAAAA